AUGAAGCGGAAACAAAAGACAAAACAUCUGGAAAUCACAUAUCCCCCCCAGUCUGAAAAGACUUCAAGAGGUUUCUGCACGUCUCAAGCAGAUGUUCCUGAGACAGGCAUCCAUCAGUGCCUGACAGAAGCUCCCUGUCUUCGAUUCUCUGAGACGCCCCUGCUCCAGUUCAUUGAGCUCCAGCAGACUCUCUUGCCCUACCAGAAUAACUGUUUUCAUUACCAUUUAGCCAACGAACCCUGUACGCCAGAGAUACAUAGGAGGAAGGAAAGGCAAAUGAAAAUUUACUACACACGUGUCCAAAGAAAAAUGCAGGUGACUGACUUAGGGAAUGCAGAGAAAGGUUUGACAUCUUCACCAAGGAAAACGAGGGUACAGGAAAUAACCUUUUCUGGGAAGAUCCCGGUUGAGACUGACCUGCCUAUUUUAUCACCUUGGGAUCUCCUAACUGAGAGUGAGUGUGGCUGGGAUGUAGGGGAUGAAGAGGAGAUGGCGGAGGUGCUGGAGGAGGAGGAACCAGACGGCCCAGCCGAGCUUCCCCCUCUGGAGGAGCAGCCCAGGGCCAGGCCGCCAGAGUGGCUGCUGACCCCUGACAGUGGUUAUAAGUGCUUGGGCUGCUGCCGCGUCUUCCCCAGCAAGGACGCCCUUCAGUGGCACGUGCAGCAUGGGGUGGAGGAGGGCUUCAGCUGCCGUGCCUUCCACCUUGCCUUUGCCUGGCUGAAGAGCAAAAGGAGCAUGAAAAAUAGGAGACAGAAGAGAAGCAUCCAUUCAAGCAGAAAGGGAAAACGCUUUCAUAGGAGGAAUUCCUCGGGGAAAUAG